GUGAAGAGAAGAGUUGCAUGGUUCCAUGCUCUGUAAAGAUGGGGACACUGGUCGAACCAGCGCUGCUGCUGCUUCUGUGGCAGAGUGUUUGGGCUUUCGACGUUCCUCUGGAAAUCAGGCAGCCCCCGACCAUCAUAAAGCAGUCGAUGAAGGAUCAUAUUGUUGACCCCAAAGACACCAUGGUUAUAGAGUGUGAAGCCAAAGGAAACCCUCAUCCCAUUUUUUCAUGGAGACGUAACGGGAAAUAUUUCAACGUGGCGCGUGACUCCCAAGCAACGAUGCGAAGGCGCUCAGGGACGCUGGACAUCUAUGCCUGGAACAAUCCAGACCAGUAUGAAGCAGAGUAUCAGUGCAUCGCCUCCAAUCAGUAUGGAUCUGCAUACUCCAACAAGAUCAGACUACGACUCUACAGACCUCCUGUGUGGCCGAGGGAGAUUCUGGAGCCUGUGGUGGUCAGCGCCGGCUUGCCUCUGGUCCUGUCCUGUGACCCGCCACCAGGCCCACCGAAACCUGAAACCUACUGGAUGAGCAGCUGCUCAUACGCGAGACCUUUCACCUGGCCCAUUCAGACAGCUUUCCCCACCAUGCAGCCUGUGCGGCAGGACCGCAGGGUAUCCAUGGGAGUUAACGGAGAUCUGUACUUCUCCAACGUCCUGGUCAACGACUCUGCUGCUGAUUACUGCUGUAAUGCCCGCUUCCCCUACAAGAAUGUCAUCCAGCAGAAGAUGCCUGUGGUUGUUAAAGUGCUAACAACCCGCACAGUGGUUGAGGCGGCCCCCACCUGGCUGUCUCCCACAGGCUCGUCCAGCUCCAUACUGGUUCUGCUGGGGGAGGAGCUGCUCCUGGAGUGCAUCGCUGGGGGAAUGCCAACUCCUCGUAUUACCUGGACCAAGGAUGGUGACGACCUGGUGGUGACGCCACGCAUGAAAGUAAAAAACUUCAACAAGAUGAUUCAAAUCCCGAAGGCGUCCUUUGAGGAUGUGGGUGAAUACACCUGCAUUGCUACCAAUAAGAUCGGAUACAUCCAGCACACGAUAACCGUCAGGGUCAAAGCUGCUCCAUUCUGGCUGGAGAAACCCACUGAUUUGGUUUUGGCCCCGGAGGAAAAUGGACGCCUGGUGUGUCGUUCUGACGGAGCUCCUCGUCCCACAGUCAGCUGGUUCAUCAACGGGGAACCAAUUGAAAGUGCUACACCGCUGCCUAACAGACAGGUGUCAGGAGACACGCUGACUUUACGCAGUGUGACCGUUGAAAACACUGCCGUCUACCAGUGCAAUGCUUCCAAUCAGUUUGGGUACUUACUGGCCAAUGCUUUUGUCAAUGUGCUACAUGCAACGCCACGUAUUCUUGGGCCCAGGAAUGAACUCCUCAGGGUGGUGGAGGGCAGUCGUAUCUUCGUAGACUGCCGCUACUUUGGUUCUCCAGUGCCUGAACUGCGAUGGUCCAAAUAUGGACAGGGGAAUCUGGAAGGAAAUCGUUUUAAGACCCAUGGUAACGGGACUCUGGAGAUCAAACGCAUACGGAUAGAAGACCAGGGAACUUACCUGUGUAUAGUCAGCAACGUCGCAGGAAGAGACGAGAAUCAAGUCCGAAUAGAGGUCAAAGAGCCUACCUUAAUUGUUACGAGACCACAGAGUAUGAAAGUCAUGCGUGGAAGCGACGUGCGCCUUGAGUGUGGUGUGACAUCAGAUGUCACAACUCCUGUCACAACCACCUGGAUGAAAGAAAAAAGACACGUCACUCUUGGCUGGAGACUCUCUAUGGAUGAAUCAAAUCUGGUCAUCACCAAUGUAAACAGAGGCGAUGAGGGCAAUUACACCUGUGUCAUCAAGAGUGAGCUGGAACAAAAGUCUGCCUCAGCACACCUCAUGGUGAUGGACCGUCCAGAUCCUCCCACUAAUUUGGAGUUGUCAGAUCCAUAUGAGCGCACUGUUAGACUCAGCUGGGUCCCUGGAGACAGCAACCACAAUCCUAUAACAGAGUACCUGGUGCAGUAUGAUGACGAUGACUGGUUGCCUGGGAAGUGGAGAAACCUCUCAGCGUACCCUGGGAACCUCAACUCUGUCAUUCUGCACCUUACUCCUUUCACCUACUACGAGUUCAGGGUCAUCGCUAUCAAUGAAAUCGGAAUGAGUCGCCCAAGUCGUCCAUCUACACGCUUCCAGAGCAGCGGUGCACCUCCAGACGUCAUCCCAAAGAACUUAAAGGGUGUGGGUACAUGGAGGAAUAACAUGGAGAUCAGCUGGGAGCCUCUGACCUACAGAGAGUGGAACGGGCCCCACCUGAAGUAUCUGGUGUGGUGGAGGAGGAGAGACUCCCGAGAGGAGUGGAAGAACGCAACCACUAAAUGGCUGAAAUACUACAUCUAUGAUGCAGAUACCUUCACUCCUUAUGAGAUCAAAGUCCAGGCUGUCAACGACUUUGGGCUGGGUCCAGAGUCUCCUGUUGUCAUUGGUUACUCUGGGGAAGACCGUCCUCUAACUGCUCCCCUGAACCUGCGGGUGUCCGACAUUGAGAGCACUCAGGUGACUGUGCACUGGGACCCAGUGUCACGCAGCUCUAUGAUGGGAGAAUUGAAAGAAUACAAGGUCUACUACUGGAGGGACAGCAGUCAGCUGAGGUGGCACAGGGUCAACAGAGGGUUGAAGUCUCAAUCAUUUCCAGACAAUGUUGCAGAGCCCUCUGGGGUCGUCACUGAGCUCAUCCCCUAUAGCAACUACAAAAUGUAUGUAGUGGUGUCAAACAAUCGAUAUGAAGGGCCGCCCAGUAAUAAUAUACAGUUCUCAACACCUGAAGGAGUACCAUCUGCUCCCAGAUCCUUCAGGAUCCAACAGCGACAUCUGGACAGUAUUUACGUUGACUGGGACCUGCCAGCAGAACCCAAUGGUAUCAUCACUGGAUAUAUCCUCAAGUACCAGACAGUGAAUGCUACCAGGGGAGAAGAGCUCCGAGUUGAGGAGUUCACUCCAAAUGUCACCAGUUUCUCAAUCCGACGAUACGACCGCUACACUCGAUACAGAUUUUCUGUGGCGGCACGAACUCAGAUCGGGAUAGGGGAAUGGCAUACAGAGGAGUCACCCCACUACACCACUGAAAUAUAUGCUCAGGACCAGGUGGACAUCUCCACUCAGGGCUGGUUCAUCGGGAUUAUGUGUGCUGUGGCUCUCAUCGUGCUCAUCCUACUCAUAGUCUGCUUCAUCAAGAGGAGCCGAGGGGGGAAAUACCCAGUGCGGGACAAAAAAGACAUUUCAUUGGAGCCGGUGGAUGACAAAGAUCAGGAUGGAUCAUUUGACUACAGGUCUCUUGAAAGGAUAGCACGUGUCUCCACUCUGCCUUACCCUCGGCGAGAGGAGGAAAGAGGGCUUCAAAGAGGCCAGCCGUCUAUGGAGGCAAUGAUGAAGCGAUCAGACAGCGACGACAGUCUGGUGGACUACGGUGAAGGAGGCGAGAUGCCAUUCAACGAGGACGGCUCCUUCAUUGGCCAGUACACUGGAACCAGGAGGGACGUCAGGGAGUUGGACUUUGGGGGAAGUCUGGAGCUCCACUCUCCAAUGAACACCAUCUACUCCCUGGCAUAAAACUGUCCAUUUUUCAUGUGACUUUCAGCGCGUGUACCCUCUGACUUGAACCACUUGCGGUUUGUCUGCAGGAGGGAACAGCUGGAGCCCAAGGUGCUGUUACCCUCUGUGUCCAUGCAGACACAGCAACUGUCACGUAUUUCAAGAGGAAAAUGGUGGAAUAUUUGGGACAAUACUACAGCUGAGAUGCUUAUCUUAAGCAAGCUUCACGUUUUGUGUUUCGUAUUGCAUUUCUUGUAAAUAAAAAUGCUGCAUAUUUGUGCGCGUGCAUACGCAUGAGUACGUGUUCAGUUAUCCUGCCAACAGAAAGACACUACACAUCAGAGGAGACAGAAGAGGAUCAGUUUAUCAUGUUGAUAAAAGCAGUUGCAAGGACCAACUUAACGCCUGUUUUUCCAUCUUUUUGUUUAAGCUAAUUUCAACAGGAUUUAAUGAGAUUUGUGUUAUUUUUGUGUGUUGGCUGUUUGAAAUAAGGGCGGCAUGCCAUCUUCUCAUGAUCAAGGGAGUCACAGUGUACUCUCUGAACUCAGAUUGCAUACUCUUUCUUUUAUAUCCCAGUGUUAAUAGUGCAAUGUGAGUGUAUAGAAGGGUUGAUGGUAAUAGAUUAAGGAUCAUAAAACAUCUCCAGGGACUAAUGAUUCAUCUGCACUGCCAGAUUGUGAAUUUUGCUCUGCUGGAAGUCAAAAGAUCAAACCAUUUUGGGAAUCAGCAAGCAGCCAUAAAUCAGCUGUAAAAUCACAAGUUGCUCAUGUCUGUCUGUACACUUGCCUUAACUGUCUCCCCAUUUUACUCACGAUGGAGAUGGAUGGAAAUCAUUAAUCAUGAUGUAACAGCUUCAGUUUAUUUGACCCUUAACAUCAUCUGUGUAUUACCACAGUCAUGUCCUAAAUGUAAAUAAAGUGGAAAUAUU